AUGGCGUCUCUGCAAAGGUCACUGCACUACAGAAGUCUGUUCCUGCUGUGCCUUCUCUUGGCCGACCUUUGGGAGGCAGGAGCUGGGCAAAUUCGCUAUUCUGUGCCAGAGGAGAUCGACAAAGGCUCCUUCGUGGGCAACAUUGCCAAGGACUUGAGCUGGGAGCCACUGGUACUGGCAGAGCGGGGAGUUCGCAUCGUCUCCAGAGGUAGGACACAGCUCUUUGCUUUGGACCCACGAAGUGGGAGUUUGAUCACUGCAGACAGAAUAGACCGGGAGGAGCUCUGCGCUCAGAGCGAGCGGUGUUUGGUGAACUUUAACGUACUACUGGAAGAUAAAUUGACCAUUUUUUCAGUAGAGGUGGAAAUAACAGAUAUUAAUGAUAAUGCCCCUCGCUUUGGAGUAGAGGAAUUGGAGCUAAAAAUAAGCGAAACAAAUACACCAGGAUUCCGGAUUCCUCUUAAGAGUGCGCAUGAUGCGGAUGUAGGAGAGAAUACCCUGCAGAAGUAUGAACUCAACUCAAAUGACCAUUUUUCUUUGGACGUGCGAAGUGGAACUGAUGGGAACAAAUACCCUGAGCUAGUGCUGGAGCGUGCUCURGAUCGUGAGAAAGAGGCAGUUCACCAUUUCAUUCUGGUCGCUUCUGACGGGGGUGACCCGGUMCGAUCUGGAACCUGCCGCAUCCGCGUCAAGGUCCUAGAUGCAAAUGAUAAUGCUCCUGUUUUUACACAGCCAGAGUACCAUGUAAGCGUUCCAGAGAAUAUGCCUGUAGGCACCCGGAUACUCACAGUGACCGCCACUGAUUCAGAUGAGGGAUAUAAUGCUCAAGUCACAUAUUUUCGAGAGAAACCUCCUGGAGAAACAGCAGCRAUAUUUGAGCUUAAGUCAUCUGGAGAGAUAACAAUCAUAAAAAGUCUAGAUUAUGAGGAUGCUAAGUUACAUGAAAUUGAUAUUGAAGCUCAGGAUGGUCCAGGCCUUCUGACCAGAACAAAGGUUAUUGUAACAGUUCUGGACGUUAAUGACAAUGCCCCAGAAUUUUACAUGACAUCUGCUACUAGCUCAGUUCCUGAAGACUCUCCUCCAGGAACCAUAAUUGCACUUUUCAAUGUACAUGAUAGAGACUCUGGACAGAAUGCUUUUGUCACAUGUUCACUCCYAGAGAAACUUCCUUUCAAGUUAGAAAGGUCAGUGGACAAUUACCACCGACUGGUUACAACCACAACCCUUGACAGAGAACAGUUUUCCUUUUAUAACAUCACUUUAACUGCUAAAGAUGGCGGGAACCCACCUCUAUCCACAGAUGCUCAUGUUUUGCUGCAGGUGGCUGACAUCAAUGACAACCCGCCCACAUUCCGCAGCAGGUCCUAUUCUGCCUACAUUUUGGAAAACAAUCCCAGAGGCACCUCCAUCUUUUCAGUGUUGGCUGAUGACCYCGACAGUGAUGACAAUGCCCGUGUAACUUAUUCUUUAGCAGAGGACACCUUUCAAGGAGCACCCCUGUCCUCUUACAUCUCUAUCAACUCUGACACUGGGGUCCUUUAUGCUCUUCGAUCCUUUGAUUAUGAGGAAUUCCAAGAUAUGCAGCUGUGGGUGAUAGCACUGGACAGUGGUAACCCUCCACUCAGUAGCAAUGUAUCCUUGAACCUGUUCUUGGUGGACCAGAAUGACAAUGUGCCUGAGAUCCUGUAUCCUACCCUCCCAACUGAUGGAUCCACUGGUGUGGAGCUGGCACCCCGCUCUGCAGAGCCAGGAUACCUGGUAACUAAGGUGGUGGCAGUAGACAGAGACUCAGGCCAGAAUGCCUGGUUGUCAUACCGCUUGCUGAAGGCCAGUGAGCCUGGGCUUUUCUCUGUAGGGCUGCACACUGGAGAGGUGCGCACGGCAAGGGCCCUGAUAGAUAGAGAUGCACUCAAGCAGAGUCUCAUGGUGGCUGUUCAGGACCAUGGUCAGCCCCCUCUCUCAGCCACAGUCACACUCACAAUAGCUGUGGCAGACAGCAUCCCCGAGGUCCUGGCAGACUUGGGCAGCAUUGAAACACCUGCUGAUCCAGAUAAUUCAGACAUCACACUCUACCUGGUAGUGGCAGUAGCCGCUGUCUCCUGUGUUUUCCUGGCCUUUGUCGUAGUGCUGUUGGCACUCAGGCUGCAUCGCUGGCACUCUUCCCGCCAGCUUCAGACUGCUGGAGACAAGCUGGCAGGUGUACCCACCUCGMACUUCAUGGGUGUGGAUGGAGUGCACGCUUUCCUGCAGACUUAUUCCCAUGAAGUCUCCCUCACUGCAGACUCACGGCAGAGCCACCUGAUCUUCCCUCAGCCCAACUAUGCAGACACGCUCAUCAGCCAAGAGAGCUGUGAGAAAAAGGAUUUUCUAUCAGCACCUCAAUCUCUACUUGAUGAAAAAGGAGAUAAAACAUUUCAGGUAAACAUCUUUUCAGAACUUGCUUAUUAA